AUGGACAUCCAACGCCAAUUCUCUAGCGUGCACUGGAUAUGGGGAGGAGGUAUCUCUUUCGUCUAUGAGGUCGACCCUCGUAUUGUUGUCAAAGUCCCAAAGUCAGGAGAAUUUGAAAGGGAACAAUUUAAUAAAGAGCUCGAGAUAUACCGGAUCUUCUCACAAAAUAUACCCUGUCCCUUUAUCGUGCAAUGCUUUCUCAUUUCAGGCAACGGUAUCUUCCUCGAAAUACAAGGAAAUCAUAUUCGGGACGAGAAAACUAUGGCGGUUACUAAAGGGAAAAAUUUGGAGCCUCUACCCCUGCGAAAGGAAUGGAUAAACUAUCUUGCUCAAGCUGUCGCUUUCUUGGAAUCACUCAACCUCGCUCACGGUGAUCUACGACCUGAAAAUAUCCUACUUGAUCGUAACCGACUAAAACUAUCGGACUUUGAUUGUACGGCGAAAAUUGGAGCGCAGCGUGGAACUUCCGGCUUCCUUGGCUCUCGGACGGAACAGUUCGCCCUCGGUUCCUUGUACUAUUUGAUAAACUACGGAUUUGAGGUUUAUGGAGAUCGAUGCCUUACCGAGGAUCCUUACGAGCAUGGCCCUAAGGUCACUCUUUCCAACGAAAUAACGGAAGUGGAGCAAAGCAACGGAAUAGGAAGCGGAGAGGGAGGAAGUCAUGAAGUGAGAAAGUCUAUUGAGACAAUAUCCAGCGUGCGAUGGCCUAUAUCUAUAGGUCGCGUAAUUCACAGGCUAUGGUGUGGCCUUGCGGACUGGUGGACGUUGGUACCACAUAGCACCAAUGCCGAAGAAAAAAUAGCCGAGCAAGCCAAUGGUGACAGCUGUGAUGAUGUAUAUCAGAACCGCUUGGAAGAGGAUUUCCUUUCGAAGAAGGAAUACUGUCAAGACCUAGAGAAACGUGGACUGCUAGACUUGCUUUCUUCUGGUUAG